GCUCUUGUUGGCGCUUUCGCCGCCACCGCCCUCGCCCACGGCACCGUCACCGGUAUCAAGGUCGACGGAACCUACCACGGUGGUUACAAGCUGGACUACUACUACGCCAAGCAGAACGGUGGCAGUGUCCCCGAGAUUGCUGCCUGGUCUGCUGAGAACCUGGACAACGGCUUUGUCGCCCCCGAUGCCUACAGCACCGUCGACAUCAACUGCCACAAGAACAGCGCCCCUGGUGCUACCUCUGUCUCCGUCAAGGCUGGCGGUGAAGUGGCCUUCGAAUGGUCAGCCUGGCCAGAAUCUCACUUCGGUCCUGUCUUCACCUAUGUCGCCAAGUGCGCUGGUGAAUGCUCUGCCGCCGACCCUGCUACUCUGAAGUGGGUUAAGAUCGACGAGGGUGGCAUCGACAUCGCUGCUCAGAAGUGGGCUGCCACUGAUCUCAUCGAGAACAACAACACCUGGGUCACCACUGUCCCUAGCACCCUUGCCUCCGGCAACUACGUCUUCCGCCACGAGAUCAUCGCCAUGCACGGUGCUGGCGAGACCAACGGCGCCCAGAACUACCCCCAGUGCUUCAACAUUGAGAUCACCGGUGGUGGCUCUGACAACCCUGAGGGUGUCCUGGGUACUGAGCUGUACUCUGCCACUGACGCUGGCAUCAAGUUCAACCCCUAUGGUGAGAUCAAGAGCUACGAGAUCCCCGGCCCCGCUCUGUAC